AUGCAUGAUCUGGACGCGGUGGGCGAAAAGGCUGAGUUCAACCUUCUCUCCUCGGCCACGUUGACCUGCCUGACCGACUGUUCGGCCCCUCGAUGCGGUUCCUGCUACACCUGCACCCUGCAGCUCAGGCUGGCCUCCACCAAGCAGUGGUUCCUGCGAGCUGGGGACAUGACCAAGCAGCAGUUUUUAAUCGGCCUGGUCCACAGGGUUGACAGCCUGGAUCUCCUGCUGCAGCUCGACAGGCUUCUGCAGCCGACUCUCGGCAAAGACUUCACCCACUCCCGCUCGUCUGCUAACCCCAGCCUGCCUGAGGACUUCAGCACCCUGAGCUCAGACCGGUCCCUGAACAAGCUGGACCUGCACGGCUAUGUGGCCAGCACCUGGGAAUGGUUCACUGGCAGCAAGCAUUGGACCAAAACAAACUACCUCCUGGGCUUGUUUCAGUUGUGCGAUAUCAAGCAGCUCCAUAACAUUGGGAAUCUGAUCCGAACACGUAUAAUCGCCAGGGGCACUCCUGAAAUCCAUGAGUGGAAAGAUGGAGAAAAAGACAAAAGUGUUACCUUGCUGCAUGAAUCGAAUAGUACCUUUCAGACGGAUGAACAUCCUGAAUUGGAGCCGCUGACUAAGAUCUGGCCUGAAUAUUCAAAUGUUUCAUCUGAAAUGCUUCCAUUGAGCCUGCUUCAACCGGAAGACAAUACUGCUUCAAGUGUUAGUCUUUCCUUGAAGAGUGGGAAGACGAAGAAGAAGCGAUCAGUGUCCUCGAGAACAGUUAAUGAGUUACCUGUUGUGGUUGAACCUCCAAUACCAAUAAUUAUAACUUCACCUUUUGAGGCGACAUCAGGAGUCACUCACCAUAAGGACUUCAUCCGCUGUCUUCCUAUUCAUUUGGCAAAAUUUAUUCUUGGCUUUCUGGAUCACAGCUCUCUCCAAAACUGUACGCUUGUGUCACGCCACUGGGCCUACCUGGGAAGGGAGAUUAUGAGGGAUAAACUAGCCAUCCAAUGCAUUUUUGAUGAAAUCAAAAAAUUGCAGGCUACAGCUCCUCACAAUAUUAACACAGUAUAUGCAAAGAUCUGUCAAAUUCCAAUACCAAGAGUAGAUGAGAAGGGAUUCACCUUACCAACAGAAAAUUUGAACAAAAAGAUUGGAUUAGCAGCAUCGUACAUUGGCAUCCAUACUGACAUGGUGCAAAUAGAGGAGAGAAAUGUCUACUGUGGUCCUUACAAUAUAAUAGUCAUCAAACAAUUUAUGGACACUGCCAGGGUCAUUCACUAUGGCGGGGGACAAAUGAUAGCUAUGGCCUCUGGCGACAGAAGAAUAAGAUUCUUGGAUAUCAACCGUUCCAAAGAUGUACCCCAUUCAUUGACUGGACAUGCUGGAGUCAUCAAGGCAGUGAUUCUCUGUGAGGAGCGAGAUUUUCUACUCAGUGGAAGCUAUGACCUUAGUAUCAGAAAGUGGAAUCUGAAGACUGCAACAUGUGUGACCAUCUACCGGGGGCACAUAGGAUUUAUUACCAGUCUCAGCCUGCACGAGAAUAUGUUUGUAUCAGGAUCAACAGACUGUCAGGCUAAAGUGUGGGACCUUCAGAAAGAAAACUGUUUUCAGACCUUCAAGCAUGACAAAUCAGUUCUGUCAGUGGCUAUUAAUGCAAUACACGUGGUGAGCGGCUGUGAGAAAGGAAUGAUCCAUGUCUGGAACAUUGAACCUCCUUCAUUAGUCAAGGUUCUGACUGGUCAUAUAAAUUCAAUCACAUGUUUGUCUUUUGACCAAUGGCAUUUGAUCAGUGGAAGCAAGGAUAAAUGUGUUAAGGUGUGGAGUAUGAUGGGGAAAUUUAGUGACUGUUUAUUGACUUUCAAGCAUCCACAGGAAGUGCUGUGUCUGCAGUUUGUUUACCUCCGUGUGAUCAGCGGAUGCGGAGACGGAAAGAUCCGUAUUUUUGACAUAUUGAACAGUACCUGUCUGAGAGUGAUGAGAGCAACUGGCCAAGGAGAUCCUGUGCUUUCCCUACAUAUUUCUGGAAAUAGGAUGGUGAUAAACACAGUGUCCAAUGUGGUGAAAUUUCAGUUUGAAGAUAUUGUAUGGGAUUACACAGCACCAGCAGCACUCCUUGAAGUGAUAGCACCACAGGACAAAUUUAAAAUGGCACCACUGAGGAAACAGCCGUACAGUUAUGUCCGUGCUCAGCGGAUGAGAAGAAUUGGUUCAACCAAUGAAAAGAUCUACCAUAGACAGGAGAAGUUUUCAAAAGAUGGUCUGUUCCACCAUGCACGGUUCUUGUCAGCCAGAUGCAUGAAAGCAGCACAGAGGAUUCAAUCAGACUCCAUGAAAGCUCUCAACUUGAGGGAAUCCCAAUUUCGACAUCACAGUGCACCGCACAUUAGCCUGCAGUCAGGAUUCCUUUUGAAGCCACUCUCAGCGUACGUGAGCAGUUCAGAAAUGCUCACACAAGAACGUUUAAGACAGGAUGCAGAAUCCAGAAUUUUGUAUAGUGAAAGGUCCGAGUCAUUGUCUGCAGUUUCUAGAUUUUUGUCAGCGAGUGAGCAGGACUCAUUAAAGCACAUUAGAAGACAUAGGCUCUACAAACCCAAAACUGCAGAGCAGAUUUAUUUGACUGUCAAUGCUAUCCACAAUUACCUCAAAUUUGACGAAACGUCAAUAAACACUCUUUACAACAAUUCACUUUCAGAAGAUUGGGGUCGACUUCUUUGUCCUUUUGAAGACACAGUGAAAAAGGGAAGUGAUAGAGCAAAGAAGAAGGCUACUGUCAAAAUCAGCGAUGUUGUUGAUGCUGUUGGACUAACUGAUGACUGCAUUGAUGCCAAAACACUUACGGCACCUUUUGAGUUGAAAAUGCAAAAACUUAAAGGGAAAGACAAAUUAAGUGGUUUGGACACGAAAUGUUUUGUAACAAAACCAAUGAUAAAACGAUCAAAAUCAGCAGUAAGCUUUGUGGAUGCUGUCAAAUUUAGAGGCGCAAAGUGUCGACCCCAAUCUGCACUUGAAGAAAUCAAUAAGAGCAUGAUCUCUCAGACAACAGAUUCCAAAGCUGGAUCUCAAGCCAAAGUCUUCGCACUUACAGAUUCUGCAACUGCCACUACAGAUCCCAGAUUCAAGGUGCAGUAUAUAGUUGACUUAAAUCCAUAUCGAAACAACAGUGGCUUCAGUCUUUGGACAAUGAAACAACAAAAGGAAUAUGCAGAAAAAAUUGCGAUGGAUCAUAAUGCUCAACAGCAAAGAAAAGAACAAGAAACACCCACAGCUAGACAAAAGGCUUCAUUAAAGAAAGCUGAAAGGUCUUAAGUUGGUCUUAAUUUGCAUAAAUUAAUUGGUGAAAUCUCAUGUUAA